CAAUACACUCAUGAAACAUCUUAAAAGAAAGCAGUUUUACCCAGAUAUAUUCAUGUUCGGUUACAUGUAGCUCAAACCAUAAGGUGUAACUCCAAACCCAUUACCUUGUCUUUGGUGUCCUUUCAUUUAUUUAUUUAUUUGAUUGGUGUUUUACGCCAUACUCAAGAAUAUUUCACUUAUACAACGGCGGCCAGCAUUAUGGUGGGAGGAAACCGGGCAGAGCCUGGGGGGGAAACCCAUGACCAUCUGCAGGUUGCUGCCAGACCUUCCCAUGUAUGGCCGGAGAUUGAUGUCCUUUCAAGGAAAAGGUAAAUUACAUGUAGUGAUACACUAUUGAUGUGGUAUCUCUGCACUUUUAUACCUCAGAUUCAAUGUUAAAAGCUAUUCAUCAACUAUAGAACAUGGUCUAAUUUAUCUUAGGUUAUAGAUUCACUAUAGGUGGCCUAGCUGUUCAGGUUUUGUGAUGGGGUUACCUUGUUUCCUCACCAUGUUAACAGCAAACAAGUGUGCAGUACAUGUACUUGUGCCAUCUCAAUAGGCCACGACAGCUAUCUGAAUGAACCAGCUGUUUACAAUGUCACUGUCUACUUUAAUAGUUCUAAGCCAUUGAUUUCUGCCAUUCUCUGCCUGUCAUAUCGAUCUCACUUGAAACAUAAUCUUUUAUCAACUUUAAAUUUAUUGACGCUUGGUUUUUUUCUCGUGUAUACAGUGACGUUUGAAAAGAUAGAUGGUCCAGUGACAAGGUGAGGGCGAUGAUACAGAGACGAGACCUGGAAGAGAAGGACACGAGUGCCCGAGGGCACACCUACAUUGUCAGCUUGGGCCAACAUCUCCCUAAUCUUACUCAAGAAAAAGAUGCUUGACAGUACCACAAGGAUAGAGCAGUGGACCCAAAGGAUUUUAAUCAAAUGCACGUCGACUUUUCACCUGUAACUGUCCAGAAAGAGAAAAUCACAUCACUUCUUGUCACAGAAUGUUAAGGAAUGAUAGAGGAUUUCAUGAACUCCGUAAUCAGAAUUGAUCAGUUCACAGUCAUUAUUUCUGAACUGAGUCCAGUUUCAGAUCAAAACACAAUGUAGGAGAAAAUGCAGUGGGAGUCUAAACCUUGAACCAAAUCAACGGAUCACAGAUUAUACCAUUGAUUACAAGUACAGCUUGCAUUAGUAUCAGGAAUGGAAGCCAGAAAAUAUGAAUCAGAAGUAGCAGGAGACAAUGGCCAUGAUCUUAGAAAAGGCAAACCUAUUGUGAAGUGAGUCUCUGACUACAAGGUAAUGGAUACAACAUCAAUAGUCUACAUCACCCUGGAAGUUCUCAUUGCAGUUGCUUCACUACUGGGCAAUGUCUUAGUUCUCUGGGCUGUGGCAAUAAACCGGCGACUACGGACAGUUACAAACUUGUUUAUUGUCAGUCUGGCAACUGCAGAUUUAUUUGUUGCUGUUGUGGCCAUUCCAAGUGCUAUUGCAAGCUACAAUGGUCUUCCCAAGAACAACUUCUAUGGAUGUGUCUUUGUCAAUUCAAUAGUGAUUCUCUUCACACAAAGUUCUGUCUUCAGCCUGCUUGCCAUUGCCAUAGAACGAUUCAUGGCAAUAAAGUAUCCAUAUGCAUACGAGACUUACUUCACUUCUACUAAUGCCAUCAAGCUUAUAAUUGUCACAUGGCUUCUGAGUAUUCUGAUAGGACUUGUGCCAAUUAUGGGAUGGAACCUGUAUCCACCAACGCAGACACAUUGUGCUUUUACUGAUGUGAUUGACAUGAAAUUUAUGGUGUACUUUAACUUUUUCCUCUGUAUCUUGCUUCCCUUGGUGAUAAUGUUAGGAUUUUAUGGUUACAUUUUUCAUAUUGUACGGAAGCAGAUGAGACAAAUUGCAUCACUGCAACUCAACAGAAGCAAAGACAGGAAAGAGCGCCAAAUAAUCAAAGAGAUUAAAGCAGCCAAAAGCUUGGCACUGAUUCUUGGAUUCUUUGCCAUAUGUUGGCUUCCGCUUCAUAUCAUGAACUCCAUAUCAUUACUUUGUGGAGACAAAUGUCCACAGCCGUAUCAACUCUUGUUGGCAGCCAUCAUCCUCAGCCAUGCCAACUCUGCCUUCAAUCCCCUACUCUAUGCCUACUGCAAUACCUUAUUUAGACUAGCUUUUAAAGACAUUUGUUUAUGUCGUGGUUGGACCAGGCGUGCAGCUCAUGCAGCAACUGAUGACAUUUUUACUGUGACAAGGAAUGACUCAAAUGAUUUCACCAAUGACAAUGCUGUAGCAUCAGCUGAUGGCAUCGAGAUCAAAAAUCCCUUGUGUAAAACGGGGAACACUUCUCUUUCCCUGGGCAUAAUCAAUGGCGGCAAGAGUCUGCCGGACAGUUCAAACUCAGAAGAGCCAGAAGAGGCAAGUGGCAACAAAAAAUUGGUCAGCACAAUUGUUGGUCAGCACAAUGAGACAUUUGACAUGGAUAAUGAUUCUGAUGGUAGUGUUUUUGACCACCAUGAAACAAACGAUACUGGCAUUACAAAAGUUGCCUGAUAUACAAGGUGAAAGUCAUAAUUUAAUUUACUGAUUGGACACA